AUGAUGCUCUAUUCACUGGUCCUUCUCGGCCUGGCCGCCAUUGUGCGGGCCGAAGAUGGCAGCGCAGCAUGGCUCCGGUAUGCGCCCCUCGAUGACGCCGCGGCUGCUCGCUUCAAAGCCCCCGAUGCGAUCGUGGCGCUCAACAGCACGCAGACGAGCCCAGUCUUUACCGCGGGGCAGGAGUUGCAGAAAGGCUUCAAUGGCAUGCUCGGCAAGAACGUCAAUCUUGUUUCCUCGCCGGAAGACCUCGACCCCGAAGACAAAGAUUCUCGCAUCAUCGUCGUCGGAACAGCUGCCCAAUUCACCGACGAGACCACCCUCGGAAACCUAACAUUCUCCCCCGGCGACCUCGAAGAGGAUGGCUUCUACAUGUCCACUCGCGGUCGUGUUGUCCAAAUCGUUGGUCAGAACGAGCGUGGUGCCCUGUACGGCGCUUUCGCAUACUUGGCACGCAUUGCCAAGCAUGAGUUCUGUGGCAAAGACGGCAUCGACAACCCUCACCAACCAAUCCGCUGGGUGAAUCAGUGGGACAACCUCGACGAUACUGGCACCCACGGGUCCGUCGAGCGUGGCUAUGCCGGCCCGUCUAUAUUCUUUGCCAAUGGUGGUGUCGUGGCCGACAUGACGCGGGCUGCCGAGUACGCUCGGUUGCUCGCUUCCAUCCGCAUCAACGCCGUGGUGGUCAACAACGUCAACUCCAACCCGCAGAUCCUCAGCCCGGGCAACAUCGAUGGCCUUGGACGGAUCGCAGACGCCUUCAGGCCGUAUGGUGUCCAGCUCGGUCUGUCGCUCAACUUUGCCUCGCCCCAAACUUACGGAGGUCUUGACACGUUUGACCCGCUCGACGAGCGCGUCAUCAAGUGGUGGGAGGAUAAGACGGACGAGCUGUACGCGCGUAUCCCAGACAUGGCGGGCUACCUCAUCAAGGCCAACUCGGAAGGCCAGCCCGGACCGCACUCGUACAACCGAACGCUUGCAGAGGGCGCAAACCUCUUUGCGAAAGCGACCAAGCAUCACGGUGGUCUCGUCAUGUUCCGAGCCUUUGUGUACGAUCAUCUCGCCGACUGGACAAACCCAAAGCUCGACCGCGCAAAAGCCGCGGUGGAUUACUUUGAGGGCCUAGACGAGGAGUGGGACGACAACGUGAUUGUCCAGAUCAAGUAUGGGCCCAUCGAUUUCCAGGUCCGCGAACCGCCCAGCCCACUGUUUGCACACCUGCCGACUACGGAUACUGUGAUUGAACUGCAGGUCACGCAGGAGUACCUUGGCCAGCAGAACCACCUCGUGUACAUGGCGCCGCUCUGGAAGGAGAUUUUGGGCUUUGACUUGCACAUCGAGGGUCAGGAGAAGAGUUUGGUCCGUGAUGUUGUGGCAGGAGAGCGACCCGGCGGCAAGAAGCUGAGGCUUAGUGGCUCGGCGGCUGUUGUCAAUGUGGGCACCGACGCCAACUGGCUCGGCAGCCACCUCGCCAUGUCAAAUCUGUAUGCUUAUGGCGUCUUGGCCUGGGAUCCGAUGGCAGACUCGGAAGCCAUGCUCAGGGACUGGAUCAAGCUCACCUUUGGACACGACCAGCUCGUCGCUGACACCAUUGUCAAGAUGUCGAUGGAGUCGUGGCCUGCAUACGAGGACUACAGCGGAAACCUGGGCAUCCAGACGCUUGCGGAUAUCUUGCACACCCACUUCGGCCCCGGCCCGCAGAGUCAGGACGGCAACGGAUGGGGCCAGUGGACUCGCGCAAACGCAACCUCGGUCGGCAUGGACCGCACCGUCGCGACGGGAACUGGCUUCUCUGGCCAGUACCCACCAGAGGUCGCCCAGCGCUUCGAGAAGAUCGAGACAACGCCCGACAAUCUCAUCCUCUGGUUCCACCAUGUACCUUGGACACACGUGCUCAAGUCGGGCAAGACGGUCAUCCAGCACUUUUACGACGCCCACUAUGACGGUUCCGCCUUGGUGCAAGAAUUCCCCCUCCAGUGGCGCGCGCUCCAGGGCCACAUGGACGAUGAGCGAUUCGAGCACAUGCUGUUCAGGCUCAACUUCCAGGCUGGCCACGCUCUCGUCUGGCGGGACAGCAUCUGCAACUUUUACAACAACAUGACGAGCAUUCCCGACGAGAAGGGCAGGGUCGGCAACCACCCGUACCGGAUCGAGGCCGAGAACAUGGAGAUGGAGGGCUACCGCGUCUACAACGUCGACCCAUUCCACAUGGCCUCGGCUCGUCGCGCUGUCAUCACUACCUCCAACACCACCACCGGCGCCAACAGCACGGAUCCUGGCACCGUCUGGGCCACGCUCGAUUUCGAGGAUGGAAUCUACGAUGUCGCCGUCAACUACUAUGAUGUCAUGCGUGGCCAGGCAGACUACGUCCUGACCAUUGACAACAAGGUGAUAGGGCGGUGGAGGGGUGACAACGAGGACCGGCUGGGUAACACUGGAACCUUGAACCUAGACGGGCACUCGGCCACGAGGAUCCGCUUUGAGAAUAUAGACAUCAAGAAGGGGGAUGUCCUGCGGAUUGUGGGCACGCCUGACGGCAUCGAGGGCGCUCCUCUUGACUAUGUUGCCAUUCUUCCGGAUGGGAUUGUUGACUAG